CCAAAAAUAAACGUAUUGCUCGUUAGUUCGGAUCGCGCCUGCAUACAGCUCAUUCGUAAAGGAACUCUAGCAUUCGUUGCUUUUACAUCGCGGCUGCUUCUCCAGCGAGUCAAAGGUUUUCAAUCAAAAAAGCUCAAUACAUACAUAACCGGGUAGAAGAGAAGAAUGUCGGAAGCACAGGCCAAUCCGAGUAACAACGCUGGCGGUGAUUCUGUUGAGGCGAAGAGCGGUUUGCAAGAAAAUGCGGAACCUUCGCCAGCUUGUCAACGAAUUCCUUUGGAGGAACCUGCUCAAAACGCAGCUUGCCAGAUAGAAAGAGGAGCUGGCGGCGAUGGAUUAAAAAUCGAAAAGGACAAUAACGCCAACACGAAGGAGGCGGCCGAAGCUAACAACAACAACGCGGGCACAGUAUUCCAGUUGCAAGAUGAAGUUUUGAAACGAACGCAGGAGCGCGACAGCUUCCGCAAGAAGCUCGAGGAGGCCGAGCGCAAGAUCUCCGCCUUGCAAUCGACGGCUCAACCAGCCAACAACCUGAGCAACGGCUCCUCGAUCCCCGACGAGGGCAGCCUCCGUCGUGAGCUCGACGACCUCAAGUCCAGCCUGGCCCAGACAAAGCUCGUGCUGGACGACCGCGAGCGACGCGUCGCCAACCAAGAGAACCAGAUAUCGGCUCUGAGCAAGCAGGUGAGCUCGCUGAAGGAGGUCGUCGCCAUCACCAAGGACAUGCUCAACAUUCGCAACAUGGAGGUGAAGCACCUGCAGGAGGACGUCGACAAGAUGGAGAGCAAGAUCACGGCCGAGCGCGAGAGGCACAACUCGAUGCUCAACAAGAUGGAUGCGGCGGUUCGGCUGAACGCCGAUCUCAAGAAAGAGUACCAGACGCAGCUGCAGCUCUUCCAGGAUCUCAGGGGCAAGUACGAGGAGAAGGUCACUCUGCUAAGCGAGGAGAACAAGUCUUUGGAGUCCGCGGUGCAGGCCCAGCCGGCACAAUGACUAGUAUACAGGCUCUACAAGUCUGCCAGGAAGAACCCGUGAAUGAAUAUAAUUGAUAACGUAUGAUGCAUUCGUUGUCUAUAAUACAUAUAGGAGAGUUGUUGUUGAUUUUUAUACGUAUACUUAUUAUCUGGCUUUGUUAGGCAUCUUUUUUUUUCUAUCCAUUGCGAUCGUGUGUGUUUGCUUUACAGUGAUGAGUUACAUCUUCAAAUUUAUUACAUAUCGCGCGAUGAGGCAUCUUUUUACUGGUAUACAUAUAUAUAUAUAUAUAUGAGUGAUUUUUUACGACAUAAUAAUUUGUAUAUUUCAACCCGAGCUUUAAUAUAUUAAAUUAUACGUAAAAUGAAAAAUUGUCCUCCCGUACGUUCCAAUAAUUUCUACCUUAUACCUUAAUACUUGUUUGGUAUAAUGACAAUAUUGAAUAGGGAUUUAUUUAUAUAUUCUUUUGAAGCAAAUUGAGCAUGACUAAACGCGAUUAUUUCUAUUUAUAUAAAGUAGUAAUUUAUUUGUAUGAUACGCGCCUGUUUUCACGCUACAUGAGUAUUAUAGACUUACACCGGCAAAGUGAAUUUAUCUACGUGUAAAUCGCGACGUUUUUGUUUUGAAAACGGUAAAAAGUAUUAUAUCGGAAUUAUGCGAAAUGAACAUUGCACAAUAACAAUUUUUUUGUUCUUUGCUAUCAUUUAGUGAAUUCAUUUCUCGAGACAUCAAGUACGAUUUAAAUUAAAGCAUCUACUAAUAAUGUCAAGCGAAGCAAAAGAUUGCGGUACGACACGCUUAUUAACUGCUAGUGGCACCUAUAAGUGGAGUAUACAGAAUUUCAAGAAUUGGUUAAAAUCAGAUACAAUUUGUUCACCUACAUUCACGUUCCCGCUCAUAAACUCUGCGCCAUUUCAAUUAUAUUUACAAAAAUCUGCUCAAGAAGGUUAUUUGCAUAUCAGGUUAGAAUUGUACUCACAAUCACCAUCAAUUUUCAUCACAUUUUUUACACAAAAAGGUGCAAAGCGUAUGUGUGAACAUUCGUCGAUACACUCGUUCUAUAUUGAAGGAACUUAUUAUUCAUACGAUCACCAAACAUUUCUACAUGAAUCAUCAAUAUCUGAUUUAUUAUGUGAUGAUACUUUAACAAUAUAUUGCGAAAUCAAAAUGCAAAAGAGCGAAAUAGCCUCUAAAACCAAAGCUUUACAGAAUGUCGACGAUCCCAGAUUGAAAAUUCCAAUUGAUUUAAAAAAUCUUUUAGACAGUGAAACAUUCAGUGACAUAAUAAUUAUCUCUUCAUGUGGAAAGAAGUUUCAAGUGCACAAAAAUAUAUUAGCAGCUCGUAGCACAGUUUUUUCAGCAAUGUUAGAGAACAAUAUGAAAGAGGCAACUGAAAAUUUGGUAGAAAUAACAGAUAUAGAUGCGGAAACUUUAGAAGAAUUACUGCUUUUUAUCUACUCUGGAAAGGUAAAGAAUAUUGAAAGAGCAGCAAUAGAUCUACUAGCAGCAUCUGAUAAAUAUGCAAUCGAAGACCUGAAGAUUAUGUGUGAAAAAGUUCUUGAUGCCACUAUUGGUUUUGACAAUGCAGUUGAUGUUUUCGUCCUUGCUGAUUUGCAUCAUGCUGAUUUAUUGAAACAAAAGGCUUUAAGCUUCAUCACAAAGCAUUUGAAGAUCGUCAUGGAAACACCAGCUUUUAAGGCUUUGAUGAAUGGAACACAGCCACACCUAUCCGAGAUACUCACAGCUAUAUCCAAAACUAAAUGAGAUGAUGAAAAUUUUUUUAGAUUUUUAUUUCAAAUUUUCAAUAGAUUUGCAAAUUGUAACUGAAUUUAUGGCAUCUAUUAAUGCCUUAUUAGAUGUAAAAAUGAUGUUUGCAAAUAAAGUUAUAUUAUUAUUCUUUAAAAUAA